GCAGCACCAAACAGGAUCACUGUGUCAGUCCGCGGCAGCCGAUUGGCAUCGGCUGGUUCGCCUCAUCUCAACGGGAUCCCGUGUUACAUUAGAAAGGCGCCCACCUGAUUUCGUCCCUCCUCGGUUCGUAUCCGAGGCGGCUGGCGAUCUCGUACCGCAAUGUAGCAGCCCUCUGCAGCCACAUGACGCCCUCGCUCAUCUAACGACCUGCGGUCACGUGACCACCGUGCCUUUCGCUUUGUCCUGUCAUGAUGUACACUUAGUUGCGCUCAUUGGCAGACUCAACACACGCAGUGGCUCAUCAUUGCGAGGCUUAAAGAGCUUCGACCGACGCCCCAAAGUUUUCUACACUCGUUUUACAAAGAAUUUUUGUCAGCCCCUCUCAACUUUAUUGCUCCGGAGAACGUUUUUAUUUCUCUUCAUCCGCGUCAAAGUAGCUGACCCGCCAUGUUCUCCCGCGGCCGCUCAGGCCCGUCACGGUCGACGCCCGCGAACGUUCUCUGCCAAAAGUGUCUCAAGCGAGGCCACUACUCAUACGAGUGUAAGGCCUCGACGCAAGAACGGCCCUACGUUGCGCGGCCCUCGCGCUCCCAGCAACUGCGGAACCCCAAGCUGCAACCAAAACUCGCCAACACUAGCCUCGAGCCUAUCGAACAACCAAAGAAGGGAAUCGCGGACCAAGAGCUGGCCAAGCGGGAGGCGGAGCGCGAAAGGAAACGGGAGCGGGAUGAGAGGGACGACGAACUCUUGAACUCCCCUAAGCGGCAACGGUCAGCGUCUUUAGGCUCGGUAUCAACAGUCUCCACCAGAUCAUCCCGCCGCUCAGAGUCCCCUGGCCGACGGCCGCGCUCACCAACACCGGAGCGUCGCAAGCCCGUAUCGGACCUCAAGGCUCAGGACAGAGCGAGACCGCGGGCGCGCAGCUAUAGCAGCAGCGGUAGCUAUAGUCGGAGUCCGUCACCGCCGCCGCGAAAACGCGAGCCGCCGUUGGCCCGCAACAGCCGGUCGCCAACUCCGGAGAAGUCUGGGCGACCGUACCGGGUCCGCGACGACGAUUCCCGUCCACGGGCCAGAAGGGAAUCUGUCAAGUCUAGGGAUUCAGCCGGGCCGCCUCCUCGCAGGCAGUACUACUCAAAAUCGCCGGAGCCGGAGCCGAGACGGGGUGGCGAACGAGGCCGUCGGGACCCUUCACCAAGUAGCGGCUACAAGGCUGGGGGAAGGACUCAAGCUCCCGAGCCACCGAGGGAGCGCAGCUUGAGUCCAUUUAGCAAGCGACUGGCAUUAACGAGAGGAAUGCAAGGAGGCGGUAGAUGAUUGGGUAUCAAAUUACGUUCGAACCAGAUGUAUCCCCAGUCUCCGGCAGACUGAACGCCAAACCCAAGAUGCAAAGCAAAACAAUGUAAUACGGCUUGUGCCCCCCGUCAUGCCAGUAGAGCCUCGUCCUCCUCCCGCUCGCGUUUCUCCUCCUCUUCCUCCUCUUGUUGCCGAACCCGCAAGCCUUCGACAAGAGCGACACCGUCCAUGCCUACCGCCUCCCCGUCGGCGCUCCCAUUGGCAGCGGCGCCGCUCUUCUGGGCCGCCUUCUGGGCCCCAGAUAUCCUCUCCCGCACUAGCCUCGCAAUCGC